AUGCGCUUCGCUACUCCCCUCGCCCUCUUCGCUACCCUCGCCGUCGCGCAGGACACGACCGCCACCCAGGUCGUCACCUCUACCACCAAGCAGAUUGUCACCGUCACCCAGUGCCAUUCUACCUACACGGACUGCCCUCUGAGCCAGACCAGCACCAGCACCAGCACCAGCAAUGCCGCCGUGGUCCCUACCGUGCCCGUCGUGGUCCCUACCGUGCCCGCCGGCAACUCCACCGCCGUCUACCCUACCGGUACCGGCGUCGUCCCCACGGUGCCUACCGUGCCGACCGGCGCUGCUGCCCGUCUUGAGUCCGGCGCCAUGGCUGUUGUCGCCGUCGCCGCCGUCGCCUUGGCUCUCUAA